AUGAGAGUGUCUUUCGUUACAAUUCUGUCUGGCCUCGCGGCAUUUGCUCUCGCAGAAGCGAUUCCGGCCCCACCUCCAGGUCAAGAGGCGAGACCACGCUAUUAUUUUCCAAGAGAAGUGAAGAGAAACGUCAGGAGACAGGAUCAAGUCGUCGGUGGUAGCACCAAUGGCACCGAUACUUCACCGACAACCACAGUCGCUGCUUCUGCUUCCACAAGCCCAACCGAUGGAUUAGCAGAUGCUCUAUCGGAUGCACUUGCAACAUCGACCAGUGCAGCGACCAGUAACCCGCCUGCCAGUUCUGCUACUGACGGCACGACCCCGGCUGCGGAUACCACUACUCCCGGCAGCACUUUAAACCUGGGUCUCACGUCUGCGGUGAACACCGCAGUAAAUAGUCUUACCGACACGAACACCAAUGUGGCCACGUCUACCGCUACCAACGCUCCAACCUCGGCAGAUACAGCAAGCCCUACUACAGAUGCCUCAAUCGCUGCAACUCCAUCACCAACGAACACUCAAGCAGAAGUGACACCCUCGCCGUCUGAUACUGCGAUCGCACAGACAGAUUUGCCUACAACCUCUGCAGCUAGUAUUGUGGGCUCUUUGACAAGUGAGAUACUCGGGACUGAUACAAGCAACACUGUGCCUUCUGCGACUCAAACUCAGCCAUCAAACACGGAACAGUCAGUCGUGACCACUCCAGACCCAACAGCAGGUGUAACUGGACCAUCAACUGCACCUACUGCGGCUCUAACCUCCAGUGGUGAAGUUGUCAAUUCUUUGACCAGCGAAGUGCUUCCCUCAAAUAUACCAUCGGACACAAUCGUGACGCCACCAGCUUUGACUACGGAUGUUCCCACUACUGCUGGUGAUACCUUGAGCAUCCCUACGGCCACAACCGAUGCCAGUGUCGUGACGCCCCCAGCCUUAACUACGGACACCCCUAUCACCACGGAUGCUCCUGUUAGUGCCAGCAAUACCUUGAGCGCACCCACUGCUAGUGGUGACUCGAGUAUUGUGACUCCUCCACCCGUCUCGGAUAACCCUACCACCGCGAGCACUGGAGGACCUACGAAUACCAAUACUGCUCCACUGACCCCUACAGAAACCAAUACCCAAGCCCCAACCAAUACUGAUACUACCAACAUCCAGUCAGAUAUUAACUCCAGUACGGGUGUUCCUACCAAUACCGCUACAGACGUCCCUACAAGCACGAACACUGACAUUCAAAGUCCAACAAACACCAAUACCGUGGUGCCAACGGACACUGCUACCAACACCCAAAACUCAGUAGAUACGAGCACGAACACGAAUACUGCACUGCCCACAGGUACGGACACGAGUACUGCUGGUCCGACCAACUCCAAUACAAACACUGCUAUCCCUACCGAUGCAACCACCAAUACUGCCACGCCCACUGAUAACAGCAGCAUCAAUACCGACACUGUGACUCCUACCAACACAGCGGUGCCCACAAGCAGCAAUACGAAUACUGUACCUACGAACACCGACGGCAGCGCCACAGUCUUGAGUCCUCCCACUAAUACAAAUACUGCAACCAGCUCUUCGGGAACAGCACCUGGCAGUAGUGCGGCAAGUACCACGGCCAGCGACGCCCUGACUGAGCCAUCGUCUAGUGCUUCUGUUUCAGCCACAGGUACACCAACCUCGUCAGACACAGAUGCGGCCUCAAGCAUAGUCGUGCCUACCAGCAGCGAGGUUACGACGACUGCACCUCAAACCAUCAAACCCACGGCUACAAAUACCAACACGGCUAUGUCAUCCGAUUCUGUUAUUGUCACUGCAACCUCUACCACGCCGUCUAGUGGAGCUCCUUCCAGCACUUCUUCUCUCAUGCCGUCUUCUCUUCCCCGGAUCAUUCAGCCGCAAGGUGGUGUGCCAUCGAAGCCUGACAAUGGCACGCUCAUCCAGCUUGGAUUCACGUACGGGCUUAACUAUCCCUUUGUCGUCUCCAAUGCAUGGGCCAUGCAACAGAUCUUCGACUUUUUGCCCCCGGGUGUUGGUGAUGGUGUUGGUAUCGACAAAGCGGAAGUGGUUAUGCAAUACCUCCAGCCAUACAACACGUUGUCGCGCAAUGGGUAUAUCACUACUCUGGCAAUGGCUUACAUACCUAAUGAUUCUGUAAAUCCACUCUCCUUGGCGUUGCUCAAUCCCAAGUCGGAUCUCUACUCGAACAAGAACCCUACUGUCAAGACUCUCAUGAGCAUGCUCGACCCUUCGAUACCAUUGUUGGCUGGUCAAUCCAUUGGCGAUGGCAAUCCGAUCAAUUCGAACACUGCAACGACAACUGGAAGCACAGGAGGUAGCGAGGGUGGCGCUGCAGGAACAGAAGGUGCCGCCUCCGAUUCAUCUGUGAAACCAUCGUCUAUUGGGAUUGGGUUGGGUGUAGUGGGUGGUGCCGCAGUCUAUGGUAUCGCAAUGUUUAUGGUUGCCAAGCGCUACAAAAAGCGAAAGAAUGCUCACAGGAGAGCUAGCAGCAUUCAAUCUGGUAGCACUGGCAGCACUGCAAGUGGCCCAGCCGAGCACAACACUUUGAUGACUGGAGCACGAACCAGCUAUGGCAGUAGACAGCCUGGUGCACACAACAAUGCUGGCCGCGAUUCUAGAAAUAGCGAUCGAAGUGGGCAGUCCGGAAGGACGUACAUCUCGCCACCUGUCAUGGCAGAGAACAGUCUCGGUUGGAACUAG